UGAGAGUUGUACCAGUGUUAAAUAACCAUGACCGAAGAUAUAACCCGAGAUAUUGGUGUCAAAUUUUUAUAUAAAUUAUCAACAUUUUCCAAUUCCAUAUUUUUGAAAAUCUUUGACAGUUAUUGGCGUAACGUUAUACAGAAGAUAAGAAACGCGAAGUAUUAUAAAAGACAGGUCAAAUUUUCCUGAUCGUUAUCAUCUAAAAGCCAAGACGGCGACCUUAGUGUCAUUCAGCCAGCGGCGGCCUUCUUUGCUGUCGCGAGCGGACUGCCGCAGCACCGAAAAUCUUCAUUUUAAAAGUUCAACGCAAGGAAGCGGUGUGCCUUCACUUACCAACGGAACACCACGCAAAGGAAUACAAAUUGUCGGUAUGAGGACUUUACAUAAAGUUAGGAAACUGAGCCAUGAUAACUUUGUUGAAUCCUAUGGAGUUAUGUCAAGGAGUAAAAGCGUUGACGGGAGGGCGCCAAAAGCUCCCGGAAGAGCAGUGGGGCCAACGGAAUCUACGGAGAUGUACGGUACUUUUCGCCAGAGAAAUGAUAGUGCUAGUAGUUCUUCGGAUGAAAAUCAGAUCGAUAGAAUGAGUUCCGAUAAUGAAAACAAUAAUAAUAACAACAACAAUACAAACAGACAUAGUACAAGUGAAUUUUUACCGUCCAUGCAAAGCCAAAUGUCGACUGACGACGAACAACAGCAACCUAGUCUAAGAGCCCAAACGGAAGUGCAAUAUAAAGGACCGGCCAACAGACGUCUGAGACGAUUCUCUUUGAAAAAAUUUCCUUCUACUGGGGAUAUACACAAAGCGGUUACCAGACGAACGAAAAGCGAAGGUACUGAAGAAGCAACAACAAAGGACGAUGACCACACUUCCAACAAUCAGCAGCCAAGCGGUCGCAUAACGUCCUGGCAUUCUCAAUUUUCUAUUAACCGUCGAUCGAAGACGCCUUCCUCCACCUCGCUAAGAGGUAAAAGUCCGAAACGAACCCUAUUCCGCAUUCCAGCACUCAGUGUAUCACACGCCUCACAAAGCGGGUACCUUGACCGAAGGAAUAAAAAGAGAAAAUGGGAAAAAUUCUGGUGUGUACUGCAAAACUCAUGUCUGUAUUGUUACAACUCUCCACAAUCCGAAUUCACACAGGAUGUAGUUGUACUUCGUGGAUACGUAGUUUCAGCUGAUAUAUCUGACGUUCAACGAGCAAAAUUUACCUUCAAACUUGAACAGAAAGGAGGACCUACUUACCAUUUUCGUUGUGACAAUCAUCAAGGAUUUAUGCAAUGGAUUUGUAUGAUAAAUAAGGAAUCAAGCGAUGCCGAUCCAGCAAUGAGCGAUAAUGAAAUUCUCAUGAACAACGUGAAAAGUUGUGCUAAAGUACUCACAAGAGCUCAAUCGUCGAUUUACCCGUCUUCGCCUCAAAUGUCACCAUCGAUGGCAACGCCGCCUCCUCCUAAUACUCUCAGCAAUCAUAAUAAUAAAUCAAUGCUGUCGAGAAGGCACACUGCAGAUAAUAUUUUCCGAAUGACUCGUCGGGAACACUUAGAUCUUGAGUUACAAAAGGAAAAUCUUCUAAGAGAGGUCUUAGAACAACAAAAAGAAAUUAUAAAAGAACGAAACAGCAUGAUACCUACGCCAAAACAGAAUCGCCCAUACUACGUUCCUUUAGUCAGAGGGGCAAAUAGUCCUAUACCAUCUCGAGAUGAGGUGAUGGAAAAAUACGAAAAAGUGAAAGAAAAUCAACAAAUGGAAAUUUUAAAAUCGUUAACACAACUUCACACGAGAAGAAAUUCCGUCCAGCUCAAAAUAGAUCAAUUAUCUCGGGAAACGAAACCAAAAGCGAGACGAUCGAGAAGUGCAAAUAGAUAUGUUAUUCAAAGUAUGGAAGCGAGGUUGGCACUUUUACAAUCGGAACUUGCCGAAAUCGACCAGGAAAUUCGGGAACAGCACGUAAACAAAGAGGACCUUGCUGACAACAUCAAUCAAAAACGGGACCUCGAGAUCAUGGUUUUAGACCAGCAAGAAUGUAUCGAUAUCGUCAAACGAAGCAACCCUUCCCAGCGGCGUUACCAACAUCGACAAGAGCGAGGACGUAGAGUAACAAGACGUAUUAUGUCUUCAAACACUCCUAUUUCGUUUGCACAUGACCAUCUUACUUCCAUAGAUGAAGCUUCCACAAUUUGUGAGUCUGAUUCGUCUUCCACGUCAUCAGGGCUCUCAAACUCUUGUAGCGAUCUGGAUUCGCAAACAAGCGGAAUUAUGGCGAUCUCUUCCACUCCAAGGCACAAAAUAACCGAUACUGGAAGCGUUGAAUCUAUUGAUGCCGAUGACACGAGCAGAAUUGACUGUAUAAGUUCUCACGACGAGACUGAAUGUUUCAGGUCUUGUCGUAGUAUCCCAGUAAGCAAGUCUUCUUCUUGUUCGUCAGACGCCGAUGAGAUUAUGAGCAUUGAAGGUGUUCUUAGUGACGAUUUUCGAAGUUUAUCAACCUCUUCCUAUAGUGACCUAGACACGGAUGGAAUGUGCAGGCAACGAACUUCGUCAAGCGAUGAAAGUUUAGGGAAGAAAUCAAACGACAUCAGACCAGACGUACUAGCUGAAAUCGAGGAGUUUGAAGUAUUUUCCAAAAUGAUGCUGCAGCGGCUCAAUAGUGCAACGUGUUAAUUCAACGAAAUUCGACAAAGUUGCAAGAAAACAACGGAUUACAUUUGCAACAACCCAAAUGGAAUGAUGGAAUAAGGAGAAAUGUCGAGAGACAAGAAAGGAGUUGCCAGAUGCAACAAAGAAAAAAUCCAGUCGUUGCUUCAUGCUAUCAGCCAAAUGUUCCGAAAUAAUGAUCGCCUAUGCUUCAGAUGAAUAUACACAGCGAUAGUUAAUAUGGAUUAUUUAUUCGUAGCUUAAAAUACCUUCCAGUUAAAAGUUUUAAAAAACCAACUCAGAUACUUAAAUUUUGGAUUGGUCAAUACGGUCGGACGUGAAAUGCAUUGUAUCCGAAUAAUCGAAUAACGUUGUUUCAGUGCGUACACAGAUCAGGUUUAAGUUUUGUGAAAAUUAAACGUCAGAAGUGAUAAAAAAAAAUUGUAGGAUAUGAGAUUACAUAUAAUAUAAUUAGGUUUAUGCAAGAGGAUUCGAAAUGAAACUCAUCUUGAUAAAUUUAGACAAGACAUCGUUAUUUCUUCAAAAAAAGUUUUGUUUGCAAAAUUUAAUUCCGCGGCAGUUAAAAACAGUUCAAAAACAUAUAUUCACAUAUGGCUUUAUGGUAAACUGCAAUAUAACCCAAAUUCGGAAAGUUAUUUACAACGAAAUAAAUGUCGCCUCAAGGCAAGAGACGAAGCAAAUUACACUCGAUCACUAAUACCACAUUUGACGACAAAUUAACUGACACCAACCAGACGUUAUUCGCUAUUAUAGCUGUCAUUAUUCAAUAGGAUGUUAUCCGUGAUCCAUUACCUAAGAAAGCAAUAAAUAAUGCGCGUUAUGUUGGCCUGAAUGAUACUUAGGAUGUGUUUCACUCGUUCAACUACAAAACAUGGUGUCCGCCUGCUAAAAGUGUGAAACAUUUUUAUUUUUUUAUCUUUUCAAGUAAAAUUUUAGUUCAUAUGCAGAACUCAGAUAUAUGUAUAAAAUAAUUGAAAAAAUUAUAGUUCAUACUUUUUUGUCUUCCAAUUUUUUUCAUCGUAAUAUGAACUUCCAUAUGAUGUUGCGUCGCUACCAACAACCGGAUUCGCAAACAAUUAUUGUCAUAUAUACUGUUUGCUCCACUGUUAGAUGUUUAUACCAUAUUCAUUACUUUGAUUUAGGUGUACAAUGUAAAACUAAUCCUUUUGCUUAAUAAUUUAGAUUGGCGCAAUGCUUAGAAAUAAAAUAAACGCCAUUGAUAAUAAAUAGUACCUUUGCCCUUUUAUUUAAGUGUAUAUUAUUGCUAAUCCAUUUAUAUGUUUUUAAGUUCGUGCCAAAAUGUUGCAGAAUAGUGGUUACUUCAAUACUAGUGGGUAUGUAUGCGAUUUUACAAGAGGUAUAAUCACCGAGAUAAUCAAACAGGCACAAAUACACCUCACAUCAGGAUGAGGAAAUAAAAAGAUAACAUACAACUGGACUGAAGUUCUUAAUAUAUACAGAAUAUAUCUUGCAUUACUUAUUCCUUACCAGUUUCGCACGUUCUUCUCUAAAAUACUGGUAGAACACAUUGUCACCAAUUAGCGUAGAAGUGUUAAUUAAGGACUCGAUAUAUAUCGUAUUGUAAUACUAUAUUUUUCUGACUUUUACGCAGUUACCUAAAAUCAUUAUUAGGUCAUUUUAUGAAUAAUUGCGUAUUUAAAAUUUACAUUCAUUCAUUUAGCAAAAUAAAAUUCUGGAGAUAUUAUGCUGCUAUUAACUCUCUCAUAAAUAUUGCUGUUGAAAUAAAUAAUAUUAUUUUGAUUCCGCGCCUACUGCCGAUUAUGAUUUAUGUAUUUUUUCGUUGUGUCUGUUGUUGGUUAGUGUUAUUUUAUUUUUGCAUAUGUGAUCAAAUAUCUCAUUUUGUUAUUAUUCCUUAUUCUUUAAUAAAGUGCCAAUAAAAUAUAUUAUAAAA